UCACAGUCUGAAUGGGAUCCUGAGCGAAUCCUGGGUUUGAGGGCACAAGUCAAGGAUCAAGCGUCAGCUGCGGUUUGGGGUGAGAGGACCCUCCUGGAAUUUUCUCUACUGAGUGCUCUGGCUUCAAUGGGGCCGUGUUUUGCCCUCCCAUUGGCUGCACUGGCCUGCUUCCUGCUUCCAGCGGGCUGCUGUGUCAUAUGUGACACUCGUAUUCUUGCGGCUCUAAAGUCCCUGGAGACGGAUUACCUGCCUAAACUCAUGGGUCCUGAUGAAGUGAAUCGCACGUAUGCUAUGAUAGUGCGGACCGUGAAGGGAUUCUCGGAUCUACCAUAUACUAAGCAAACCUAUAUGGGGGCCAUUGGUGAGAAAAGAUAUGAAAUGGUGAUCACGAGUUUCCUGGAGAAUCUGAAAAACAUCACAGAAAGUAAAACAAAAGGGAAGCAGAGCGUUGAGAACCUGAAAGAGAUGUUGCGCCUCGAAAAGAUAAACUUUGCAUUCCACGCUUCUAUGUUUCAAAAAGAAGAUUAUUGUUCCAACAAAUGUGGCGUCAUGUUUCAGUCUUUGAUAUGGUGCGACUACUGCAGUAAGCAGAUUCAACUUUGUAAGAAGAAGACCGAAGAAUGUGGGGAUCGUGUUGAGGAGAUCCAUGAACACGAAGCUUUAAACUUGAACUGUUUUCUCGAUUGGCACAAAGAAGCUGUUGGCCUCACGAACUACGUCUUUUACAGGGUUUGGGAGAACGAUUCUGAGACCGAGCUGUACAGAGGGAAGGAUCCAGUCUUUAAUAGGCCCUCCGCGUCUGUGAACGAUAGUGGCAGGUACCGCUGUGAGCUGGGCACUGUUUACAACAGGCCUUCCACGAUCAUUCAUUUUCUUGUCACAGUGCUUCCCCGUGACCUGCAGGGCUGGACGCCAACGGGUGAAUUCGCCCCGGCUAAGACGGAGGAGGGGAAGAAAGAAGUAACCCCGAGCCCAGAACCGGAGACCACGACUGCCAAGCACCUGGAGGUUAAGAGUAUGCUGAAAGGGCGCAUCUAUGGCCUGCUUAUCUGCUUACUUAUAAUCCUGAUAGCAGCCAUUAUCUUCUGGCUAGUCACUCGGAAAAGGAAGAAAACUAAACCAAAGUCCUCACAGGCCAGCAUUGAUAGUAAAAGUUCUAAGAUAUCAAGGAAAAUGGAGCCGCAACAGCGAGCCGCUGCCCCCACCCCGCCGGAAGUGGAAUUGUGGCAAGUGGGCCCACUGAAGGCGGUGGGGGGAGCCUCGGGGAGCCGCGCCCAACGCAUCUCCCAGCUCUUCGGGGGCUCUGGAACAGGGACUCCGGAGGGCGAGCAGCAAUGGGUCAGCGAGAAGAUGCCAGAACUGGCAGCCCCCAUUGAUGUCCGGCGCCACAGCGCCCCCAGGGAUCCUCAAGAUCUUUGGCUCUGGCCUGGCGUCAGGUGCCAACUACAAGAGAAGGCGGGGCUGCAGCAUCUGAGCGCUGGGCGGCACCUGCUGGUUUCCCAGGGCCUACAGAGUGGUGCUUGGAUUCCCGCACAGUCGCCCCCUGGUGGCAGCAACAGGAGAACCAUAUCUGGUCAGCGUCUGCAAGAUGCCAAAGUGGCCAAUACUCAUCCUGAGUAUGCAUCCCAGGAAUCAUCCUGUGUCCAAGGAUAA